AUGUGUGAACCGAAAGAAAGUAAAGUGAACUUGCCUGAUUAUACUGCGACUGACCUUCUAACAACGGUUUUCCAGAACUUCGUGCAAACGUUCUCCCGUCUGAUGCGGCGGCUGCGGUGGCUCGGCAUCCCGUGGGGCGGCGGGCUGGCCCAGCAAGGGGUUGCGCAGGCGCUGCUCGCCUCCAUCUUUAUUGGCAUCCUCAGCGCUGUUAACAGGCUGUUCGUGGCGGUUGACUUUGGAAAAAUAUUCCUAAGGGUGGCCGGUACAUCGAAGUACGCGAGCGCUUUCUUCGCCCUCCUGAUGAUCCGCCGGCUGAAGCGGUCGUGGCCCGCCCUGGCCGGCGCCUGGACCACGUCCAACCACACGCUGGGGGCCCUCAUCCUGCCUGACGCUGGACUCACGAGGACCAUCGUCAGAGUCGCUACAGGAUUCCUUGUGUUUGCCACAUAUCAAUAUACAACACUAUUUGGUGCAAUAAUAUUCGUUCAAAUGUUGUUGACUACACUAAUCUCCAACCUGCAAGAUUUCAUAGUCAUAGCGUUCAGUCUGGGACUCACUUCAAGGCAGAAGAAAAUUAACACCGUUCUCAAAUACCUGUGCAGUAGAUACUCAUAUCCAAAUAGUAUCGCUCUAGUAAGUACCAAAUAUACGACGCCAGUCCGCGUGACGGCCGGCAAGCACCUGAGCUGGCGCAAGGUGCGCGAGGUGUUCGUGCGUCACGCCGCCCUGGUGCAGGCCACGGACCGCGCGCUCGGCCCCUUAGUACUGCUGUCACUGUUCACCAACCUGCUCUACAUACUCAUGCUGGUGUUCUCCCUGAACUACAAGAACGACAAAUACGCGUUCACAUACAGCGUGUACGCGCUGGCGUGGCUGAGCGUGCGCUGCUUCUCGCUGCUCGUGGCCGCGUCCGACGUGCACGCGCGUUCUCGCGCCGGCGCCGACUACUUCAAGAACAUACAGACUACUAGCUACAAUACUGAGGUGCGUAGACUUCAGUUUCAGUUGAGCAAAAAUGAGAUUGCUCUUAGCGGAAUGGGAUUUUUUAAAUUGAAACGGAGUCUCAUAUUAAAAGUUCUAUCCGUGAUAAUAACGUAUGACUUGAUACUUCUCCAAUAUAACGACAACCUGUAGUAGCUGCCUACAACUUUGGACAAGUCCAAUUAAACACACUCAUCAUUUUAACUUAAAUAUAAGGAUCUCGGGGUGCUUAUCAUGAAAGCUCAGCUUGAUAAGGAAAGUAAUUAUAAAAGUUUCUACCUGAUCGUUAUCCAAUCUACGGGCCCGAGCUCUACUUUGAGUGUAUGUAUGGUACAGUAGUGUACUUACCUCAUGCAUGGAGCGACCUUAUUUCUUCAUAAGAGUAACUUAGUUUUCGUAAAAACGAAUACUUAAUGGAAUUAUUCAGCUACA